GCGGUGCAGCCGCGGCGGAGCUGUUUGGUGGGAACACCGGCUGCUCGCAGACGGCCGCGAUGCUCCCCUCCCUGCAGGAGUCCCUGGAUGGGGACGAAAAGGAGCUGGAGAGCAGCGAAGAGGGUGGCUCGGCCGAGGAGCGGAGACUGGAGCCGCCGCCUAGCAGCCACUACUGCCUCUACGGCUACCGCGGAAGCAGAUUGACACAGCAACGAGGGGACAGUGAUGAUGGAAGCCCAAGUGGCACAAGUGCAGAAACUCCCUCUGGUGAUGAUUUCAGCCUCUCCUUGGUGGAUACUAAUCUACCAUCUGAAAUGGAGCCAGAGCUGCGCAGUUUCAUUGCUAAGCGUCUUUCCAAGGGAGCAGUCUUUGAAGGGCUGGGUAAUGUUGCAUCUGUGGAGCUGAGAACCCCAGGUUAUCGGGUCGGAUGUUAUUACUGCCUUUUCCAACAAGAAAAACCGCUUCCUGAAACAGCAACAACGGACUCUGAGAGUAACACUUCAGAGUAUGUGGUCUGUUUUUUAGGAGGUUCUGAAAAAGGACUUGAGCUUUUCAGACUUGAAUUGGACAAGUAUAUUCAAGGGCUAAGAAAUAACCUGAACUGCGAGGAAAGGGGUCUGGAAAACCACAUAAAAUCCUACCUGAGCAGCUGGUUUGAAGAUGUCGUAUGUCCAAUCCAAAGGGUGGUUCUUCUCUUUCAGGAGAAGCUCACCUUUCUGCUACAUGCUGCCCUGAGUUAUACUCCUGUCGAGGUUAAGGAAUCAGAUGAAAAAACAAAGAGAGACAUUAACAGGUUUCUGAGCGUGGCCAGUCUUCAAGGCCUUAUUCAUGAAGGCACCAUGACAUCUUUGUGCAUGGCCAUGUCGGAGGAGCAGCACAAGUCUGUCGUCAUCGACUGCAGUAGCUCCCAGCCUCAGUUCUACAAUGCAGGAAGCAACCGGUUUUGUGAGGAUUGGAUGCAGGCUUUUUUAAAUGGUGCUGAAGGAGGUAACCCUUUUCUUUUUCGACAAAUAGUGGAGAACUUUAAACUAAAGGCCAUACAAGACACAAAUAAUUUGAAGAGAUUUAUCCGACAGGCAGAAAUGAAUCAUUAUGCUUUAUUUAAAUGUUACAUGUUCCUAAAGAACUGUGGUAGUGGAGACAUCCUUUUGAAGAUUGUUAAAGUGGAGCAUGAAGAAAUGCCAGAAGCCAAAAAUGUGGUAGCUGUCCUGGAAGAAUUUAUGAAAGAAACUCUCUCCCUAAGUUUUUGAUCAUAAGUUUUGAGAUGAUUAUAUUGUGAAGUUGUACAUUGGAGCCUUGGUGGUGGUGUAAUUGUUCAGAAGAUUGCUAUUUAAGAUUAUCUGAAAUGCAUUCCAGGUAUCUUCAUUUUUUACUUUUAAAUUUUAACUUAAUUAAACAUAAAAAUCUGAGGAACAGCUUCACUGAGUCAUAGAUAAAUAUAUAUUGGAGUUGUAGAAUUUUGGUAUUAUCUCUGGUGCCAUAAAUUUAGACUUACAAAGUUGUUGGUUAAAAAACUCCAGGGGUGAUUUUUGUGGCUUCUCCUAGAAGUUUGCUGUAGUAUUUAGAAAUUUUUCCUCCCAGAAAAAUCAUAAUACUUCUCAAUAAAUUACAGCUUC